GCGGCGCGUUCCUGGGAAGUCGAGAUGGCGUUGGUUCAAGAACAGAGCAGCUCGACGCGCGAGCAAGACACAACUUUGUACACUUCGCAAUCAUGCCACGAGGAAGGGGCAGAGGCGGCGGCCCAAGGCUACGCUUGUCAGCNAAGAAAUUCGACUCCUGCCGUCAAAGCUGAUGUAUCCGACGAAGAAAUGCCGGACCCAAUUGUGCAAGACCAAGAGGACGGAGACGACGACCAUGUCGAGCAUGACGGCGCCGAGGAUGAUGAAGGCGAACAGGACGUAGAGGACGACCAAGACGGCGGUGAUCGCAGCAGUCCACCAGUCGUCCAGACGAUUCCGCGCAAACGAGGCAGAGGCCGCCCUCCCACACGUCCCCGCCCUGAUUGGGAUACUCCGGAACCCGGCACUGGCAAUGGCUCAGAAUCUGGCACUCCACGUAGAAAGAGAGGACGUCCGUCGGGUGUUGGAGGACCACGAGGGGGCUUUAGAGGCAGACCAAGAGGAGGACCCUCACACUCUACACGGGUCCCCAUCGACAAGGAGGGCAACAUGAUGGACGUGAUCAAUGACGAGAUUGCGCUUCCAGAAGACGCCGAAGGAGAGACCAAAGUCAACAAGGACGGCCAUCUACAGGGUGGCCGCGACUACCGUGUGCGCGUCUUUACCAUCCUAGGCCGCGGUGACAGGCUCUACAUGUUGUCGACCGAGCCCGCUCGCUGUACUGGCUUCCGCGACAGCUACCUCUUCUUCACCAAGCACUUGCAACUCUACAAGAUCAUCAUCGGCGAGGAGGAGAAGAAAGACUUGAUCUCGCGCGACAUCAUCCCACAUUCCUACAAAGGUCGCGCAAUCGGUGUGGUUACUGCCCGCUCUGUUUUCCGCGAAUUUGGUGCACGAAUUGUCAUCGGAGGCCGCAAGAUCACCGACGACUACCAAGUCCAGGUGGCCAAGGAGAGAGGUGACAUCGAGGGUGAGUUGGCCGACCCCAACGACCGUCUGCCUGCUCCAGGUGAGGCAUACAACAAGAAUCAGUAUGUCGCUUGGCAUGGAGCCAGUCAGGUCUACCACAACAAUGCUCCUAGCGUUCCUCUUCAGCCAGGCAAGCCUGCUCCAGGAAAGAAAAAGACCAACAUCACCACUGGCAACUGGCAGUUUGAGCACGCCAGGGAGGCAAGUCGCUUCAAUGCUACUCUCACCGCUGCACGCCGCUCAAAUCUCAGCGGCAUUUACGACAUUAACACCAACCUGAUGUUCUAUCCCAAGAUCAUGCAGCCGACCCAUGUCAAAUGGGACCCUGUUGUACCGAGCGCGGAGACGGAGUCCAACGGAGAAUCCACCACCUUCCAACCUCUUCCCGAUCUUAUUGCGAGGAACUAUCUCGUUACCGACACCUACUUCCAAAGCGCACCUAGAGCAAAUCUGGGCGUUCCUGGUCCAGAUGGCGAUGUUGAUGACCUUUCCACCAACGGUCUCUCAACGAUUCCACAAGAUGCCCUAGACGAGCUCCCAGAAGAGUGCAGAGCAGCCUUUGAUGAAGCAAUGAAUGCCGAACUUGCUUGGAAGUCCAAAUGGCAAGACGAACACACCGACAGCGCACGCGGCAAAUUGCGCAUCGGUUUCAAUGGCUUUCCAGUAUGA